UGGCUAAGCGGCGUUGACUGAGCUUCCUGCUAGGACAACUGACCGGUCGGUCGCAGCUUGGCUGUCCUGCAUCAUGUUGAGAGCAGCCGUCCGCCUGUCUUUCUCCGGUGUUCGGAGUUUGACACUUCCAAAACCGGUUUGCCAAGGUGCGUUGGCCUCAAGGUGCUAUUCACAUGGGAAACAGGAGACCGACGAGGAGUUCGAUGCACGCUGGGUAACCUACUUCAACAAGCAAGACAUCGAUGCGUGGGAACUGCGAAAAGGGAUGAACACGUUGAUUGGUUACGAUCUGGUACCUGAGCCAAAGAUUCUUGAGGCAGCGCUGCGAGCUUGUCGGAGGUUAAACGACUUGGCCAGUGCAAUCCGAAUUCUCGAAGCGGUUAAGGAUAAAGCUGGCCCACACAAAGAGAUCUACCCAUACCUUCUUCAAGAACUUAGGCCAACAUUAGACGAGCUCGGAAUCUCUACACCUGAAGAGCUCGGUAUUGACAAAGUCUGAAUCAAGUGGAAUUGGAAGUCCGAAGAACGCAGAAUCUUGUCUAUCAACGUUUGCCUCAUCCGUCUGAUAUUUAAGUUUGCCUUUAUUGAGUUCUUUUGCUUGUAAAAUAUUGAUGAACCUAAUAAAGGACAAUUUAUCUGUAAUGUUUGUCGCAAAAUUUUCAGAAUACUGUUUUAAAAGAAAACGUUGAGUACUUAAGGAAGCAAUAGAUUCGUUAUGAGUUGCUUCAAGAGAGGCUGCACUUGUUUGGAAGUGCUUAUGUGAAGUUCACUUGUCGCCACCAGAGGCCAGCAUUUUCACUUUAUUAAAAAGCCAUCUACUGCUUUUGUGGGUUUUUUCAUUUCAGGGACAAUGUUCAAUGCAGAGAUUCAAAUAAACAUGUUCAAAUGGCA